AUGGGAUGGGUAGGUUGUUUAGUUGGAAAAAGUUCACAACACAAAACUUAGCCUGAAUCAUAAUAUUUUUCUUGUAGAUGAGCCACCCUGGUUGGGUGAUGGUGUCAUUUCUCACCGAAUUGCUGUCAACUUCUUCAAGGGGAAUUGCACAAGGAAUGGAGAAUUGUGCGAAUGAUACGACUAUUAUCAAUGCAUUGUUGAAAGAGACCUACAAUAAGGUUUGUAAAUUUUUGAAAUUUUUAUUCUCACAAAGUGUCAAUAUGAAAAUAGCCCUUUCCGGAAUAAUGAAAUUUGAAAUUUUUCAAUUGCCUCCAAGGAUGGGUGUGUGUAAACACUGUGACAAACUAUUGCGUACAGUAGAAUUUGAAUUUUAUUAUCAGAUUAGAGCCCAAUUUGCGUAAGAAGCUGCUGAACGAGCGUAUCACAAAUGGGCGUGGCUUAAAUGCAACUUCAGCACACUUUUCAGGCGUAGAUUUUGUGUAAAAUAUUUUUUAAUGUAAAACAAAACUAAUCUGACAUGAAUCAUUUUUCUAACUUUUUCAAAAUGCCUCGGAAAUGGGCGUGACUUGAAUGCAACUGCCGCACACUUUUAUUACAAGAAACCUCCCGUUCUUCUCAACAAUAUACCAGAAUGAAUUCAGCACUACAUCCCUUCCCAUCCGACACGAGUUCGAGUUGAUAUGUGGGUUCAAGAAGUGACAUCCGUCUCCGAACUCACUCAAGACUUCGAAAUCGAUCUCUACAUCAACGAGUUUUGGGAAGACCCCGCUCUCGUUUUCUCCGACAUGAAUCCCUGUAAGAACAACAUAUCAUUCGACGACAAAGUUCUGCAACGUCUCUGGAUUCCCAAUACGUGUUUCAUCAAUUCGAAAAGUGCGGCGAUUCACGAAUCACCAUUUCGCAAUGUGUUUCUAAUGGUCUUCUCGAAUGGCACGCUAUGGACAAAUUAUCGCAUGAAAUUGACGGGACCUUGUGAUAUGCGAUUGAAGCGGUUUCCUUUUGAUAAACAGCGAUGUUAUUUGACGUUUGAGUCGUGAGUGUCUUUUGUUUUUGACAAAAAGAAAAUAGGGCAAUCGUAUUUUGUUUCUUGAAGAUUCAAUUACAACACUGGAGAAGUUCGAAUGCAGUGGAAUGCACCGUAUCCCGUGAUACUUCUCAAAAAUAUCGAGUUACCGGAUUUCAAGUUGAUCAAUUAUAGUGUGAUUGCAGUUGAGCAGGUAAGAAACUUCAAGGGCUGGAUAAUACCAAUUUCAAAAUUUAGGCGAAAAAAAAAUUAUUUUUUUCGUUUCCGUAUGGAACGGUUGAGAGAAAACCAGAGAGUGAAAAUUAACGUGUGCGUGCAGAGGAGAGCGCGAGACGAAAAAGGGAUAGUUUUUUCACUGUAUUUUCUAGAUGUACCCUGCUGGAUGGUGGGACGAACUAACAGUCGCAUUCGUUUUCCAACGUCGCUACGGUUGGUACAUUCUUCAAGGCUAUAUCCCAACUAUGGUCACCAUUGUCAUCUCCUGGAUCUCAUUUUACCUCGGACCCCGCGCGAUCCCAGCUCGAACAAUGCUCGGAGUCAACUCACUUCUCGCAAUGACAUUUCAAUUCGGUAACAUUAUUCGAAAUCUUCCCCGAGUUUCGUAUGUGAAAGCGAUCGAUGUCUGGAUGUUAAGUGGAAUGCUAUUCAUUUUCCUAUCACUUCUAGAACUUGCUGUGGUUGGAUUUAUGUCUAGAAAUGAUGGAUUGCCUCCACGGGUGAAGAAACGAAAAAGGCAUGAAGAGGAUGAUGAAGGUUUCUCAUGGAAGAGUAUGCAAACAAGUCCACAUUUAGAAUUGAGGCAGUUUUGGGUGGAUAAACGGGUUAAUUCAUUGAGGAAUAGUAGUGAUGUAGUGCCACCACCGCCAAUCGAAGAAUACGUAAGAUUUUUUCAUUAAAAUUUUUUUUAAAUAAAAUUUAAAAAAAUAUUUUAGACACCAAUGGAGAUGGAAGCCCCAUAUCCACAUAUCUCAAAACGUCGAGAAAAGAAACGAUGGUUCUCAAGUAUCCGAAAACGUUGGCGAUCGAUCGAAAUCCGACCCGAAACUGUCGAUUUCUAUAGCGCCAUAUUUUUCCCGACCGCCUAUAUGCUGUUCAAUAUUUCGUAUUGGGGUUUCUACCUGACAAAUCUUUCCGAAUAUUUUGAUGAUGAGAUGGCGGCUGAACAAGCUGGCGAGACUCAAGAAACACUGUUUUUCUGA